GUGGUUGGACUGUUGCUUCCAAACCCCAGUCUAAAACAGAUUGUUUUCUGGCAGUGGCUGAACCAAAGUCACAACGCUUGUGUCAACUACGCCAACAGGAAUGCCACAAAGCCGACCCUGGUCAAACGAUUUGUUCUUGGUUAUGUUGGUGCUGUCACAACAGCAGUCUCUAUAGCA